AUGGCUACGCGUUGUGCUUUGCUCCAUAUGUUCUUCUUGCUUUCACUGGCGGUAGCACAACCAUCAAACUCUACCAACAAUACCAUACCUGGCUGCCAAAGCAGUUGUGGUAACGUAGACAUUCCAUACCCAUUUGGUAUCGGGCUAAAUUGUUCUUUGAACUCGGACUUCAACAUCAACUGCGAUACUUCUUUCAACCCUCCAAAACUCUCUGUUAAAGUGGGGUUAAGACCCUCGAAAUCCUCCAGAAAUCCUCGAAAGCAAGUUGCAUUCUACCAAUACUUUGAGGAUAUGAGUGCAGGUGCGAGGAAGGAUAUGAGGGCAAUCCCUACCUCGGGUGCCAAGAUAUCGAUGAAUGCAACAAUAAUCCUGGCUUCUAAACAGUUUCCUGAUUUGUAG